AUGCCCCCAAGAAUAAACCUGCCGCCCUUCACCCGGGCGCUCCUCGUGGCCCUCUUGUUCCAGUCCGUCCUCAGCGCCGCCAUUCGAUAUCGCCAGUGGACGGAGAAUGCCCGCAUCCUGAUCCCGUACCUGACGCUCGUUCCCCAGCUUUCGCUCGUCUACCCCUGGACGUUUCUCACGACGUCUCUGGUCGAAGGCAACAUGUUCACCUUGGCCGCUUCCGGGCUGACCUUGUACCAUGGCGGACGAUACCUCGAGCGAGCUUGGUCGUCCGCCGAGCUGGCCAAGUUUGUGGGCCUGGUGACGCUUGUUCCGAACGUGUUGACUUUUCUGCUCAUGGUUUUCUUUUUCGCUCUGACGCGAUCCGAGAGCUGGACUCUCACGACCAUCUCGGGCGGCAUAUCGUACCAGGUUGCCUUCCUCGUCGCUUUCAGCCAGCUCAUUCCCGCGCAUACCGUCACCUUGUUCCGCGGCGUUCUCUCGCUCAAGGUUCCUCGCUUCCCCCUGUUGUACAUUGGCGUCGUGUUCGUCUUGUCCAUGACGCCUCUUUUGUCCAGCUCGGCCGUCUGGCAAGCUACGCUUGGCUUCCUCGUCAGCUGGACGUACCUGCGAUUCUACAAGACGGUGUUCCCGGACCUGGACAGCUCGCAGCAUGCGUCUCUCCGCGGCGACUCCAGCGAAACGUUUGCCUUUGCCGAGUUCUUCCCCGGGCCCGUCAAGCCCUUGGUGGCCGCCGUUUCCGAUCAGAUAUUCAACCUCCUCGUCGCGGUGCGGCUCUGCACCCCCUUCUCCCAGGCAGACAUGGCUGCUGCGCGAGGCGAGCGCGCCAUGCAGAGGGGAACGCCGGGAACCGCCCGCGCCGAAGCCGAGCGCAGGAGAGCCAUUGCCCUCAAGGCCCUGGACCAGAGGCUCAACGCUGCCUCGGCCGGUUCGGCUGGUCGAGCACCUCCCGCGCAGCCCACCGGGCCGACGGUACAGACACAACCCCACCCCAGCACUCACACCGCCAUGGCCUCCAAGCCCGGCGAUGUACUGGGCGAGACCAAGUUUGAGCCAGAUGACGACCACGACGACGACAAGAAUUGA